AUGUCCGCGUCCGCCCAACGACGGGCCUUAGACCGACCCGUCCCCGGAUGGAAAGGCGCGGCAUUUGGGGACAAGGUGGAUGUCAGGCUCGAAGAGGGACCGGACGGACUGAGGGGGCUCACGUCCGUGCCCAAAUCCUCAUCCUUGCGAGAAGCCCCCCUGGCUGGCAGCUGCGCGGACGUAGGGGGCCUGCCAUGGUCGGUGACGACACCCGGCGAGCGCACCGCGCCAGAGGGAGAUGGGAGGUGGUCGGCGGCCGACGGCGGCGGGGGUGACGGGGGCGCCACGGCGGGCGCGGCCGGACCCGGCGAGAGGGGCGCUCCAACAACGCAAGGAGGGGCCGGCGACCAUGGGGCGUCAGAUCCCAGCUCCACGAGCGGUGGCGGUGGCGGCCCGCCGGCGGAGGAUGCGCCCAGCGGCGGCGGUGGCGCAUCCGCGGACGUCGAGGGCGGCGGCAGCUCCCGAGCGGCCUGCACGUGA